AUGGAAUUCGAGAAACUCAGUGCUGGGCCCGACAAAUCCUGUGCCGAGCCUCUCAGUCGUCACCAAGCAUGCAUGCAACAUUGCAGAAAGAGCAGUAAUAAUCGCGAGGUCCAGGUAUCCUAUCCUAUCCAUCCUCUGCGCGCUGCUGAGCUCAGAGAGCAAAGGCGCGCCAAGUUGAAGUUGCAGUAA